AUGGCCGGGCAGCCUCCGCGCUCCGGCCGGAAGAUGCCACCGCGCGCCGCGGGGCGCGCCCGACGCCGGAAGCGGCAGCUGCAGACCCCGACCUGGGAGAUCUCGGACUCGGACACCGAGGGCCCCGCAGGCGAGGAGGCCGCCGCCAGGGUCCGGCACCCGGCGGAGGAGCACAGGGCGGCGGCCGAGGUGCUGCGGCGGCUGCGGCCUGAGCAAGCCGUUCGGCGCCUGGCGGUGCUCGUGGACCCAGCCAUUCUGGAAGAUGCCGGUGCCGACAUCCUGAUGGAGGCUCUGGACGCCCUGGGCUGUGAGUACCGCGUGGAGCCCGAGCGCCCUGCCUGGAGCCUCAGGUGGACCAGAGUGAAGCCAGACCCUUGCCCCCUCAGUAUGAGUGUGCCUCCUGAGGUGUGGGCUGCGGAUGAGCACGACCGGCUGCUGCUGCUGGAGCCUGAGGAGUUUCUGCAGGGCAUUGUCCAGCUGACCCAGACAUGUGGCCCAACCUGUAAUGUGCCCUGGAUCACUCCUGAGAGCCCUGCCUGCCUCCACCUGGCUGUCAUUGGGCUGGAUGUUUACCUGUGGUCUUACCAGUCCAGCACCCAGGAGACAUGGCAGCCAGAGCGUUUAGCGGUGGCUCGUGCCGAGGUGGCAGUUGGCUGGCCCGAGGUGGGGGAAGCCCUGGUGCUCCUGCAGCUCUGGGCAAACGUGGAUGUGCUGUCGGUGGCCUCCUGGCAGGAGCUGAGUCAGCAUGUGUGUGCCUUCACCAAGGCCCUCACCCAGCGUCCCUUCAAGGAGUCCCGGGAGUCUGGGGCCUUUUCCUUCUGCACCACCGCGUGCUGGGCAGCAGCCGAGAAGGUGGCAAGAGAUGGCACCAGCCUGCAGGGGGCCUGGUGGCAGCAGAUCAGGCAGUUCAACUGUGUCAGCCCGGCUGUGGCCAAUGCUGUUGCCGCCGCCUUCCCUCCCCGCCUUCUGCAACAGGUGUACGUGGCCUGUGGCAUGGAGCAGGGGCGCCUAGCCCUCCUGGCUGACCUCCCUGUGAGGAUGGACGAGGGUGUGUGGCCCCAUAGGCUGGGACCUGACCUCUCUCGCCGCAUCUGCCUCUUCCUGACGACCAACCCCAACCUCCCGCUGGACCUGGGCUCCUGA